GGCCUAUUACAAUGGAUUGCGCUAAAAAUCUAGAACCCCAGAAGUCAGAUUUCAAAUCUGAAAUGUAUGAAGACCCCCAGGCUACCGAGUGUACAGCUUCCGUAGCUGCAGCUCACAAUGUUGUGCCUACUCUACAGCUUGACAACUUGGACAAGAGUUCGCCAGCUAAAAAAAUAAAAAUGUCUAUGGCACAGAUGAUGGAUAAAAUCAUAGAACAAAAGCUGCUGGAAAGAGAAAAAACAGAGAAACCAGCAAAGCCAGAGAUGGUAGCCCCCCAGCCUGGGACAAGUGGUGCUGAAAAAACGCAACAUAACAAACGGAGAAGGAAAAAAAGAAAUAAACUAACUGAGGCUGAGCCAACUAAAGUACAGGAAGAAGCUGGUAAAGAGCAAACUACGGACAAACCAAUCACUCUCACUCUUACUUUAAAUGAGUUGGAGCUAAAGGACUUAUUCAAGAGGUUCUCGAAACCUUGACUUAAGGUUGUUAGCGGUGAACAGAUUAACUAGGCUUUGUCAAGUAGAUAGGAUCUUCUCCAUCUGUUGUCCUUUGGUGCUGAGCAUCUAGAUAACCCUAACAGUCAGGCUUCUGCUGAUUUCACCAAGAAUGUCUUAUUCUAAUUUGUACAAAUGUCCUGGUUGGAUCAGGAUCAUCUUCUAUGUUUAGUUCAGCGGAGACAUUCAUUUUGUAAAUAAGACUGGUAGUCAUAUUAUAAUGUGGCUUUCUUUGCUAAUCCUGUUAUAAGGAACAUAGCAUGUACCACAGUUGCCAUUUUGUUUUACUUAUAGUUAUAGGUAAGAGUCAUUUGUACUUUUUUUAUAUGGUAUAAUUAGCAGGGAAAGAUUCCUUGCAAGUAGAGCUUUAAAUUUCUAUCAUUUUAUUACUGUGCUUUAAAAUAGUCUUGACUGUUCUGAUAGUUUUUUCUAGUUGUAUAAAAACAUGAAUGGUGUUUUUAACAUUGAAACUACCCCCUAAUUGUUAAAACUUUGAUCUGAAUAGUUAUCUACAAUUUUGUUACAAGCUGUUUUAUUACAUUUUAAUUUGUUGAAUUUUAUAAAAGAGGUGUUACUUACGCGCAAACUUGGGUGAAGGAAAUAUUUAAUUCAUGGAUGAUUGCAUUGAGGAGCUAUUCAUAAAUGAUUUCAUACAAGUUUAGGUUUUGUACUUUAUUUCUCCAUUAAUAAGUUGUCUGGUUUAUAUACCCCCACCUUAAACUAAAUUAUAUCAAAUACUACCGGUACAUUUAUUUUGUAUUUAAUAGUAAAAUUGCCAGAGAGAACAUAAAAUUUUGCUAUUUGAGGUUAGUACACACAAGAAAAUUUCAUUUAUUUGAAAAUCAUUUUCUAGUUUAAAAUUUAUUUCAUUUCAAUUUAUUCAGGGUCUAGUUGUUUUUUUACUUAUUAAAAGGAGUAACUAUUGUGUUGAGUUGUCAAUGUGGCUGUAUUUACUGAGUAUGCUGAAUGAUUCAACACCAAAACUUUGUUUGCAUUCCCGAAACCAUUCUCUAUUAUUAACUAUGGCAGAGUUCAUGUCAGUUUAGCUGUUUACUUUCUAAAACUGAUACAUCUAGAGGUAUAAAAAUAUUUUUUUUUUGCUAAGGAAUUAGAUAUUUAUUAUUUGUUUAAUUAAAGAACAAAUUUGUUUUCUUCAGAAUUUUAUAGUUGAAUUUGUGUUCUUGAUUUGUUUUUUUGAGCAGCAACCAACAGUGUACUAUUUUUCAUUGACUAAGUAGCUUUUGCAGCAAAUGUGCUUUUUUUUUUAAGGUGACUAUUUUCUAUGCUGUUUAUAUUUUACUGACAGUAGUACGGCUAGGAAUUACUGAAUUUUAUCUUAUUUUUUAGACAAACUUAAAAUGAAAGGACAACACCAAAACAGAUGUAUAGAUUCUUAUGUGAGGUUUAGAUGUGAGAUAUUUAAUGUAAUAUGGUUUGGUCCCCCCUCCCUUCCCUCUCCUGUUUCUGUCAGUUUUUCUCCACAACUCCCCUCCUCUCCAUACGUGUGCACUAAUGCAUGUUUUUCUUUGGUCUUCACUGAAUAUACAACUUUUGGUGUGAAUGUAUUUUUGUCUUCAUCUCUUUCUCUUGUUGUGAUGUCGUCAUGGUUGCUAUUUUUGCAUAUGAUCAGAUUUUCAUUAUUUUUAUCUACACUAUUUGACUGUUGUUCAAAUUUUUCCUUAUUCAAAAUAAAGUACAAAAUAUUUUAA